GCUUUGGCAUUUCUUGCUUGGUAGACGAGCUGUUGGCAUUGUUGUGGAACACACGCGGCAUUGCUGACAUCGUUGCUAUGCGAGCGAUUUCAGACGUCCAUGGAGGACGAUGAAGAAGCAGCUGCCUGGGCGGCGUUGCGCGCAGCGUUUGGAGAAGAUCCAGAGGAAGCCAGGACGGUGAAGAAGCCAAGGGUUGAGCCGACCACUGAAAACAGUCCGAGGAAGGCGCCGCCGAAGCGCUCCGACUCGACCGACGACUGGCUGCAGGGCGAGGUGGAUCGGCUGGUGGGGGAGAUCCAGCGAUUGGCCAAGCAGCCUUUGCCUACGGAGCUGUUGAAUGCUGUGUGGAAACUGCCAUUGGAGCAGCAGCAUGACGUGCUCCUGGGCACCAGGGAGCUUCUCCACGGGAACUGUGUGAACUCUACCGGACGAGUCUGGCAUUUCCUCGCCACCGAGGUGCGGGAUCGAGGAGUAGAGUUGCCGAGCUUUUCGUCCAUUCCGCGUGGACACCGAGCUGACCCCUUCGUCGGGAUGAGCGCGCUCUGGAUCUCAAGGGGGGAGGAGCGAUGGUUGCAGGAUAUUGGAAGGUUGGCCAAGUACCAAGAUCAAAAAGAAGAUAUACAGCGAACGCUUUACGCGGAUGUUUCUUUAACCUUUGACACAUCCUGCCCAACCAAAACGACAUUCUUUUCAGAAACGGCCUGGACUGUCCAGGUAGGUUUACUCCAGGUGGGUUCAUGGGCGGAUUGGAUGAUCCGUGGUCCGGUGAUUUUGGGUCGACCUGCAUCGACCUGCAUCGACCCAGGCCAAUGAGCGGGGGUUCGCUUAGAGGUCCCAGAGGUGGAAGGCCGCGGUCGCGGUCGCCGUCGAUCUGAUGGAGCGUGCAGUGGUAGUGAGAUUGUUUGACCAUUUACUUUAAAGAAGCAAAGAACUUCUUGACACAAAACAUGCCAGCGACCAAAAAUAGUACGAGCUGACCUUGUCGAGCU